AUGCCGCUGGAAAAACACGCUUACGCGUUAUUUGGUAAUCGGUCACUUCACGUGGGGUAUUAUACGGACGUGAAAAACAGCUCGUCGUUACGACACGAUUUGCUGGAUAAGAAGUUUGACGUCGCAUUGCUGAAUGCUCACCUGAUUGCUGGGUCUUUUCAGGUGCAUGCCGCUGUGACGCGAGCUUUGCUCUGCGAUGCGUCCAACCGUUUGACCACUCGCAGUCUGCACGCUGAACUGGUUUUUAACAUGUCUGGAUCGCGCAACGUGACUGAGUCGUUUAAGAGGUUUGGUGUUAGCGAUGACAUUACAUCGCUUGUAGUGUGUGUGAUCGACGCGGAUGAAAAGGUGUUGAACCAAGUGGACAAGUUGGUCGAUGGCAUACAGGUGCCGUUCGAUGAGCUGGGCAUGCACUUGACCGAGGACGACGUAAGACUUAUCAAGAAGUUCUACAAGAUUUCCGAACAGGAACUCACGCAUUCGACGCUUGUUGACGCUGCCACGUGCAGAAUAGCAGUUAAGAGCUGUAACAAAUAA